GGUCAUAUAACACCGCUAAAUAUCCAUGGACUGUCCGGACCUCAUCUGGGCCCCACACAAAUUCUGAUAUAAACUUGAUGAUGUUUCCAGCAUCCUAAUUCAUACAGAGCAAGCUAUCUAAAAGUGGCAUACACCAGACCAAUAAUUGCAUCAAGAUAAUUCUCGAUUCCAUGGCUUUACAGAGCGUCUGUGGCUGGGAUGUGACCCCCUCAAGACAAAUUCUGCAGCGUGACUUCUGCAGAUUACCUCAUUUGAAUUCUUCAGGUUACCCUCGUCUACUUCUGCCUCCCUACAAAGUGACAUCGUCACAUCGCAACCCCUCUGGUCCUCCACCACCAGCACAUGGCACUACCACCUUGGCUUUUCUCUACGAUAAAGGGGUAAUGGUUGCAACUGACUCACGCUCUUCAGCUGGAAAACUUGUUUGCAGCCCAGACAGCCGCAAAGCUACUCUCAUACAUAGUCAUCUAAUUGCCUCUACAUCUGGGAGCGCUGCUGAUUGCCAGUUCUUUGGACGAGUUCUUGCAAGGGAGUGUCGCCUCUACCAGCUGCGGAAUGGAUAUAUGCCCAGUGUGAAAGGGGCAGCUAAAAUGUUGAGUACGAUGAUGUUGCCAUUUCGUGGCAUGGAUAUCUGUGCUGCUGUAACUCUGUCUGGUUGGGAUCGGAAUGGACCUUGCAUUUGUUAUGUAUACAACGAUGGAACCCGUAUCAGCUCUGAUGUCAUCUCUGUGGGAUCAGGGUCUCCUUACGCUUACAGCAUUAUUGACGAUGGAUACAGACCAGGCAUGGAAGAGGAAGAGGCUCGUCAGCUAGCAAGGCGAGCAGUAUGCCAUGCAGGGAGAAGAGAUGCAUACUCUGGGGGUUUUGUUGAUGUAUACAUGGUAAAAGAAAGUGGGUGUGAGAAGGAUGCCAGGGAGGAUCUAGUAGAGAUGUAUAAGAGACUGAUUCAAGAGGAAAAGCAAUAAAUGGAAGCAAGAAAAUGAAAGGAGCAUCAUGCUAAUCCCUAGUCUGGUGGGGGGUUAGGAAUGGCCACAAAAUGUUGUUUUGAGAAAAAUAAAGUAGUCUUUAUAAUAUUUUGUAUGGUUUAUUUGCCUGAAAAAUAAUGCAGAUCUCAUUAACAGGGAAGUGGGAUUUUAAUUCCACUGUGCUAUACUAUAUAAAAUAAUCGUAUCUGACAUGUGAGCUAUAUAUAAGACAAUUUAAAGGUAGGCAAAAAGCAAAUUUAGUGGGAUAUUCGUUUCUUUACGGAUUUUUAUUAAAAGAGGUUAUAAGAGAACAUUGUUAUCACUUCAUGGGUGACUAGUAAACCAUCUCAUUCAUGAUUGCUAUUUUUCAGGCAUUAUAUUUGUAGGAUCCUACAAGCAAUGUUCCAAAUCUGGAGAUUUGGAGAAUUGACAAAAUAUUUGCAAAUUUUAGGCCUUAGUAUUGAUC